AGCUGUCAGAAACUUCGAAUGAUCGAGCCUCGCUCGUCCUUUUCCUCCAAUUGUCGGAAGGACGAACGAAUAAAUAAACACCGUGAAAGCAGGAAGGGAGCGAGAAGGGAAUAAAAACAAAGAAGAUACUUCUUCGAAAAAACUCGAGCGUUUCAACUCGUCGCGAAUCUUUGUUCUCAGGGGCGCGCGGACAACGAUCCCUCUCGUGUAGCUCGGCUCGAAACUUUACUAAAACUCGUUCCUCUUUUUAAUAUUAUUUUCUGCAUAAUUUAUCUGAGUGACACCAAAAUUCGAGCAAGAGGGCAAUACUCCGCUUAACGAUUCUGACCGACAAAAUUGGAAUUCUCGAGAUAUGAUCUCGAGUCGAUUACCACGAUUUUGAUCUUCCUCGCCUCUGGACGCUGCAAUAAUACCGAAAAGUACAUUCUUCGGGGAACCAAAAUGGAAGUCCUCAUGCACGAAGCCUCCAAUUUACCGGAAAUUAUAACCAGCCAACAGCCCAGGAUUGCCGAUAACCCGGAAAGCAAACCUCGUCUCACGAAUAAUGGAACUUCGAAUGGUAGCCAUCUUGCCAAAUUCAACGAUCACCAAUCCUCCGAUAUUUUGUUCGAGGAUCUUCGCUACAGUGUCUCACUUGGAUGGAGAAAAGGCACUAAGGAAAUUCUGCACGGUGUCAAUGGCAGGCUGCCUCCGAAGCAGCUGAUCGCGAUAAUGGGGCCUUCGGGUGCGGGCAAGUCAACGCUUCUCGAUAUUUUGUCGGGUUACAGAUUGACCGGGAUCUCCGGCUCGGUUUACGUGAAUGGAAGGAUCCGGGAUUUGGACGAAUUCAGAAGGUCGAGUGCGUACAUAACUCAGGACGAUCGACUUCAGCCACUUCUAACUGUUCAGGAAAACAUGAAAGUCUCUGCGGAUUUGAAGCUCGGAACGGAAACCUCGAGAAGCAAGAAAGAAUCGAUAAUCAAAGAAAUCCUCACAACCCUCGGCCUCCAAGAGCACUUGAACACGAGGGCAUCGAGACUGAGCGGUGGGCAGAAGAAGAGAAUGUCGAUUGCCCUUGAACUGGUGAACAAUCCAACUGUCAUGUUUCUCGAUGAACCAACGACCGGCCUUGACAGCUCGUCUUGCAUGCAAGUUGUGAAUUUGCUCAAAAUAUUAGCUCGACAAGGGAGAACCAUUGUUUGCACUAUCCAUCAGCCCAGUGCUUCGCUCUUUCAACUCUUUGACCAGGUUUACGUUCUGGCUAAGGGAGAAUGCUUGUACCAAGGUGCGGCCAGCUCGUUAGUUCCUUAUCUCGAAAGUGUCAAACUCCCGUGUCCAAUGUAUCAUAAUCCUGCGGACUACGUUAUCGAGUUGGCUUGCGGAGAAUACGGAGAGGACAAGAUUGCGGCGUUAGUCGCAGGUACGGAAAACGGCAAGAGCCUUCAGUGGCUUACGAAUUGUCCGGCGUUGAUGAAUUCGAACGAAUGGAAAGUCGACCCAUCUCCGGUCGAAGUCCGAAAUACCAAACACAAAGCUCUGCAAGCCACUUCACAGUUUCAUCAACUCAAAGUCCUGUUAUGGCGAGGAUACAUCAAAGUUUUAAGAGAUUCGACUCUGACGCACAUGCGGAUUAUGGUGAGCAUUUGCACGGGUUUGAUGCUCGGAGCCGUUUUCAUGGAAUCCGGAAGUAGAGGCUCAAGAGUCCUCGAAAAUUACAAUCUUCUCUUUUCGAUUUUAAUGCACCAUAUGAUGACAACGAUGAUGCUGACCAUUCUCACCUUUCCAACGGAAAUGAACAUAUUGAAAAAGGAACAUUUCAAUAGAUGGUACAGCUUGAAAAUGUUCUACACGUCCGUCACAGUGAUAGACAUACCCGUAUCGAUAUUGUGUUGUCUUCUCUUCACGGUUAUUAUUUAUCUGAUGUCAUGCCAGCCACUCGAGAUCACCAGAUUUUCCAUGUUUUUUGCGAUAAGUUUGCUCGUCGCUUUCGUGGCCCAGAGUUUCGGCCUAAUGAUCGGAGCUGUUUUCGAUGUUGUCAACGGAACGUUUUUGGGCCCAACGAUUUCUGUGCCGGUCAUGAUGUUCGCUGGUUUCGGUGUUUCACUCAAAGAUUUACCAGCUUAUUUGAAAUGGGGCAGUUACAUCAGUUAUCUCCGUUACGGCCUCGAAGGGUUGAUCGGCUCGAUUUACGGUCUUGGCCGUAAAACCCUGGACUGUGAUGAAGGUUACUGUCACUACAAGUAUCCGGCUAAAUUUCUGACCGAGAUUGGAAUGUCGGGCGAUCAAUUCUGGUUCGACGUGGGGGCACUCUGUGCAAUUCUCGUAUUAACGAGAAUAAUGGCUUACGUAUUGCUGCGUUGGAAACUGGUUGCUUCGAGAUAGACCGUUUCGUUCGUCCUUGAGAAACGAAAAAUAGUUGAUAGUGAUUGUUUUGAAAAGAUAUUCUGACGUUUCGGUCGAUUGAAAUUAGCGAAGAUUCAUUGAAAUCGAUUGUUGAGUAAAAAUCGACAAACCAAUGCUCAAUUAGUUCGAAAAUUUCCACUAGUCUUUAAGCGUGAUAAUUUAUCGAAUAAAGUAGCUUAGAUUAAAUUAGAACUUUUACCAUAAUCGAAUACAACGAAACAUUUUUGUAUCUCCGAUCCUCAGACACGAACCCAACUCGGGUCCGAGUUUUUCCGUCGGUUACUGCAACGAGCAAGUUGCAAUCAACGCACGUGAAUUCAACGCUCAAGAGCUCGACGCCACAUUAUUUAUUUAUUGUUGUAAUAAAAACAAAUUAUACAAAAUCA